GGGUGGUGAAUCACUCAAGGAGUCAAGCAUAAAUCAUCGUGUAGAGUCUUCAGCGACUCUGUAGACGUCCACGAUCAUGAGUCGAUGCGGUCACCUACUGACUUACUCAGACUCUCAGAGGUUGAUCGCAGUUCAGCUUGAUCGGCAAGAUUGAGGGUUCAAUUAGAGGUUGAGAUUGAUCCAUCGAGUGCCAAAUCGAAUGUCAUUGAUGUAUAGAAGUGACUUAUACGUCGUCGCAGUUUACGUUGGAGUCUUGACUGUUUGACGGCAAGUUUGAGGGAUUUCUCGGAGAUUCUCUGACACUCGAUGCCAAUUGUUUUGAGUUUAGGUCACGGUUUUGGCAGGUGAGGUGACACGCAGAGGAGAGAAUCGGGAGAGAGAGAGAGAGAGAGAGAGAGAGAGAGAGAGAGAGAGAGAGAGAGAGAGAGAUGGCGGAAGUGGUGGAGCAAGCUCAGCAUGCUGCAGCUAUGGCUGCCAGCAGAGUCCAAGAGACUGCGGCCCAAGCUGUGGCGUUGGUUCACAAUCAUGGCCCACAGCCUGUCAGACGGGCGAUCGAACGUGUUCAAGGACUUAGUUGGAAGCAAUGGGCUAUUAUUGUCCCUCUUAUUGGUAUGGCGGCCACUGCUCUAACCGUGGUGGUCCUCCUGGCGGCGCCACCUGUACUCAUCGUUGGAGGUGGAUUAUUCCUGUUUUUCUUGCCGGUCAUCCUGCUGACGGCCCCUCUCUGGAUACCUGUAGCUGUUGUUUUUUUAAUAUUCACAGGGAUCAGCCUCGCAGCUGCAGUCGCGGUGCUAUAUUUGUUCAAGUACCACAGGGGUUCUCUUCCUGCGGGUGGCGAAGGGUUGUCCAGGGCCCAAGAAGUUUUCCAAGACGCUGUGCAGAGGUCGAGAGACUUCCUGAGUCAGAAGGCGCAGGAUCUGACAGGGCAGUCGUAUUCUGCUGCUGCUGCGUGAUCGCUCUGCCUGGUGCGCGGACUCCGAGGGCGAGCGCUUGACUUCGAAGUUCGAUGAUACCAUUCGAAUCAUGAUUGGAUGCAUACGAUUUGACCGUUGACGUGAUGCGCCGGCAAAUUGAAAAUUGAGUUCAAUUGACAAUUCUUGUAAGGAGCCUGCGUUUUGGAGAAUCUGAUGUAAGAAGUUGAAAAUUCAUGAGUUGAAAAUUCAUGUAAGAAAGAGUCGGCGUUUUGGGGAUUUGUCAGUGAUUGUUUGGUUUUUAAAUUUUGAGGUAUUGUCUUAGCGAAAAUAUUUCUUUCAAGAACGUCAGUCUGUAAUUGUCGUAGCGAAAAGAUCGUUUUAAGAAUGUCAGUCUGUAAUUUUCUAGUGGUCUGUACUGAUGAGUGGAGUACACUCGGUACAGUCUGUAUCUUUGUACGAGUUAGGUGACAUCUUGCGAAUGAGUUGACGUUGUGUGGACUAGCUGAGUUGACUUCGUACUAAUGAGAUGAGUUGACUUUGAAGGAGGGAAUUGAGUUGAUGAAUGGGUGACUUCAGUUGACGUUUAAUGAAAUCGUAGACUUUGUACGAGUGAAUUGCAUUAGGAGUGAAUUGACUUUGUACGGGCGGAUUGCAUCGACUUUGUACGAAUGAACGUUGACUUUGUUGGAGAGUUAUGAGUUCAUGUAUGAGUGACUUUAGUUGACUUUUAAUGAAUGCGUCGACUUUAA